AUGCGAAUGUGUAUGGACUACUGUCAACUGAAUAAGCUGACCAUUAAAAACAAGUAUCCACUUCCGAGGAUUGAUAAUUUGUUCGACCAGUUCCAAGGGGCUUCUGUAUUCUCCAAGAUUGAUUUACGAUAUGGGUAUCAUCAGUUGAGGGUUAAGGAAGCUGACGUGCGUCAGACCUACUUAUAUCAGUUUGUAGUGGUGUUCAUCGAUGAUAUAUUGGAUUACUCGAGGACCAAGGAUGAGCAGGAUGAGCACCUCAGAGUGGUUCUUCAUGUUUUCAAAGAAAAGCAUCUCUAUGCUAAGCUCAGUAAGUGCGAGUUCUUGUUACGUGAAGUAACAUUUCUGGGUCAUGUGCCUGAACUUGGAAAGGAGUUCACGGUUUAUAGUGAUGCAUCACAUAUUAAGAGUGGUAGCAUUAUGGAUUUUAGACUGAAUGGUAAUGGGGUACUCUACUUUCGUAGGAGAAUCUGUGUGUCAAAUAAUAUUGAUUUGAAGCAGUCUAUACUAAGAGAGGUGCAUAGUAGCACUUAUGCUAUGCAUCCUGGCGAAAAUACGAUGUACCAAAACCUUCGUGGGUUAUAUUGGUGGCCAGGGUUGAAAUGGAAGGUUACUGAUUUUGAGAAGCUGGCGAAGCUUUAUAUUUCUGAGAUAAUGAGACUGCAUGGGGUACCGAUUUCGAUCAUCUCUGAUAGGGCUCGUUUCACAUCUCAAUUUUGGAGGAAGUUGCAUGAGGAUCUAGGUUCAAGGUUGUACUUCAGUACUGCGUUCCAUCCUCAGAUUGAUGGUUAG